CAGACUCGUGUACCCCGCACUGCACCCAACCCAAUAUCUUCCAACGUCCGCAACAGCCGCCAUUGCAUCUUCACCACCAACACCCACACCAUCCGACACCGCACACCAGAUAAUGACGAUGGAGACCGACCCCUCCGGCUCAGGUGGCUGGCGAUUCGCCCAGUGCUUCGGCGACAAAGGCGAAGUGGAGGAUAUCACCGAAGCCGACAUCAUCUCCACCGUCGAGUUCGACUCCACAGGCAACUAUCUCGCGACGGGCGACAAAGGUGGCCGAGUCGUCCUCUUCGAGCGGAACGAAGCCAAGAAGGGCUGCGAAUACAAAUUCUACACCGAGUUCCAAUCGCACGAACCCGAGUUCGACUAUCUCAAGUCGCUCGAGAUCGAGGAGAAGAUCAACAAGAUCAAGUGGUGCAAGCGCCAGAACGCUGCGCACUUUCUGCUCUCCACCAACGACAAAACUAUCAAACUAUGGAAGGUGUUCGAAAAGCAGCUCCGUGUCGUCUCCGAGUCGAACCUCGCCGAGGGCCAGCGCAGCUUACCGGCACCGACCGUGCGCCAGAACCUGCGUCUUCCCAAGAUGCACCUCCAGGAUAACAUCAUCGCCGCCGUCCCGCGGAAGGUCUACUCGAACGCGCACGCGUACCACAUACACUCCAUCUCCGUCAACUCGGAUCAGGAAACGUACAUCUCCGCCGACGAUUUGCGGAUCAACCUCUGGAACCUGAAUAUCAGCGAUCAGAGCUUCAACAUUGUGGACAUCAAACCGGUGAACAUGGAGGAGCUCACGGAGGUCAUCACCUCGGCCGAGUUCCACCCCCAACAAUGCAACAUCUUCAUGUACUCGUCAUCCAAAUCCAACAUCAAGCUUGCCGAUAUGCGCGAUUCGGCCCUCUGCGAUCGGCACGCUAAAUCCUUCGAGGAAGAGGAAGACCCCACCAACCGCUCCUUCUUCUCGGAGAUUAUCUCCUCCAUCUCGGACGUCAAGUUCUCCCACGACGGCCGUUACAUCCUCUCCCGCGACUACCUCUCCCUCAAGAUCUGGGACGUUAACAUGGACAGCCGGCCCGUCAAGACCAUCCCGAUUCACGACCACCUCCGCGGCAAGCUCUGCGACCUGUAUGAGAACGAUUGCAUCUUCGACAAGUUUGAGUGCGUCUGGGGCGGCGACGACAAACAUGUCCUCACGGGCUCGUACCACAACUACUUCCGCAUAUACGACACGGACACCCUCUCGGACGUCGUCUUGCAGGCCGACAAGUCGGCCUUCAAGGCGAAGAAGAUCGGUGGCCCGCUCGGCGCGAACAAGCCCGGGCAGAAGAACGGUCGUCCGCUGCGUGAGGCGAUGAUGAGCGACACGCUCGACUUCAAUAAGAAGAUCCUGCAUGCGAGCUGGCACCCCAGGGAGAACACGAUCGCGAUUGCGGCAACGAAUAACUUAUUCCUGUACAGCGCCGCGUAAUGGUAGAUGAUUUGCCCAGAUGCCCCGCGCGCUCUGCGCUGUUACACCGUUCGUCUCCGGCAGGCGACACGAAUCUUCAGCCCAAUGGCAGGAUGGAUAAUCGGACCACAGCACCCAACAGCACCCAUUUCGCCCCUACUCCCCCCAAUCCAAGCACCCUCGUCGCCACCGUACACUUCUCCUUUAGUUCCCCCCCCCUCCCCCCAAUUCCUUCACGUCCCAUUCCCGC